AUGUUAAUUCAUAUAUUCAUUUUUACUAUUUACACAGCCAACAUAAAUUCAGAUGAUUACUUUAAAUUUUUAAAUAAUGAUGAUGACAUGAACGAAGUCAUGCAUGAAAAGUUAAUUGAAAGUAUUAGUAACAGAGGACGAAGAGAAGUCAAUGGAAAUCUCCCGAGAGCCAUUUAUGAUGCAUCGGGCACUACAACACUUGAAUCAUCAACAUAUUCAACUACAAUUUCAUUGACAAGUGAAAUAACUGCUUCAACUUCCGCAGGGAUCCCUACAACGACCGAUACUGCUACAACACUAACUCCAUUGAUAACAACAGAUACUUCUACUUCUACUUUCAUAAUAACUAAUAGCCUUUCAUCAUUAGAAACUGCUACCACAAUGAUAACUCCUUCAAUGGCUGCAAUUAGUACAAUUGCAAAUCAUUCCACGGCCAUGACUACGGCUUCUACAGCCUCAACAUUCAUUACAACUGAAGUUACUACAAUAGUAACGUCUACAACAACAGUUACUUCAAUACCAACGAGUAUUUUGAUAACAACGGUUGCCACCACAGCAGCACCAACUUUCAUACUAAUAGACACCUCCAUAACAACAGGAGCUACUACAGUCGUAAAUUCAUCAAUCCCAACAGAAACUUCGACUUCAGCUUCAACUUUUAUAAUAAACAAUGCUUCGCUUGCAACUGAAGUAUCUACAAUGACAACGGUUGUACCAACAUAUAAUUCUACACUAACAAGUGUUUUGACAACAAUAUUUACCACCACAAUAGUGCCAACUUUCAUAAUAACGAAUAGUUUCACACCAACAGAAGCUACUACAGUCGUAACUUCAUCAAUAACAACUGCAAGCCCUAUAACAACAGAAGCUUCUACACUCAUUGGUAUUACGACAGCAGUAGGUACUUCUACAGUAGCGUCAACUUUCAUAACAACUAGUAGUUUCACUGCAAUAGAAACUGCUACAAUCGUAACUUCAUCGAUCGCAACGGAAACUUCGACGUUAGUUUCAACUUUUAUAAUAAACAAUACUUCAAUUACAACUGAAGUUACUACAACGGCAACAUCUACACCAGCAACACAAAUGGUCACAACGAUAACUGUUUCUACAACAACAGAAACUUCUACACUGACUAGCAUUACCACUACAGCGGCUACUUCUACAGUAACGUCAACGUUCAUUAUAGCAAAUAGUUCCACAAUAACAGAAACUACUACAGUCGUAACUCCUUCUAUAACAACGGAAGCGCCAACUUCAGUUUUAACUUCUAUGAUAACGAGUACUUCAGUAACAACAGAAGCUACUACAACAAUUUCUGUUCCGCCGACAACAUAUACUUCUACGCCCACCAUCGUUUCGAUAACUAUGACGAGCUCUACGGUAAGCUCGACUUUAGCAAGAACUAGCAGUUCAACAGUAAAUGAAACUACUACAGUUGCAGCUUCAUCAAUAACAACAGAAGCCACCACUACAACAAUGAAUCUAUCAACAGUAGGAAAUACUUCCACGAUCAUGACUUCUUUAUUAACGUCUGCUGUUGAAACAAUGACUUCUUAUACGACAAAUUCUACUUUUGUGAUAACGAAUUUUCUCACAACAGAAAAUAAUAUAACAACUACUUCGUUGUCGUUGAUGACGACUACUACUUCAGUAGCCAGUACUAGUAUUCCUAUAGUUUCUACCAUGAUUACCAGCAAUGUUCCUAGUUCUACUCUCAUGGUAACUAACGAAUCUAUGACAACUGAGAGUGCGUCAACAAUAAUGCCUUUGAUAACAACUGCUACCUCUAGAAUCACAGAAGUUCCAACAGCAAUGAUUACUUCUACACAAGCCCCCAGCUCCACACUCUCGAGUAGUUUCACAACAAUACAAGCUAAUACCAAUGGGACGAAUGCUUCAACAUUAGAAGUUAGUUCUACACUCAUAGUUUCUUCGACGCCGACUACUGGAUCAACGAAUACUGCUAGCAUUACAACUGUAUAUCAAAUAACAACUAUCACUACCACAGUGGCUCCUAGCUGUAAUAUUUCUACGCAAAUUCAGUUGCCUAAUAAUACUUGUGUGUUGAAAAAUAAUGGGCAGAUCAUUACAGUUAACAUAUUGCGUGGUAACACAACGAAUUCGACUGUAAUUGCUCAAGCUCUUUCAUUGUACAUAAGUUCAAUUACGAAUUCAAAUGUGUCAUCGAACUCAAAUUAUACGUUAACGGUGAGCGCAAUUGAUAAUUAUCUCGGUAGCAUAAACAGCUCUAAUUUAACAAUAAAUACCAAUGACUCAUUUCUUAUGGCAAGCGCACCAAAUCAACCAGACAACAGCAUCGUGUUAGGUGCGUCAUUUGUAAGGGGUACUGGUGGUCAAAUUGUUAGUACAUUAAAUGAAGGCAAUGUUAUUAAUUCAAAUGUAUCUACAGCAGCUAUUCUUAAUUAUCAAUCUUUAAGUAACGUUAAGUCUCUGAAUAUGAUGAUCAUUAAUAGUCCUACUGCAUUCCAAAACAUAGAUAAUUCAACGAAUAAAACUCUUGCAUCAUCUGUUGUUCUUGUUAACAUUCAAAGAAAUAGUACUGUAUCAAAUCCAAUCAAUAUUUCCCUUUUCUUUCAAAUUUUAAAUGAAUUUCAACCAAAUGUUAGUGCCAACUACUUUUGUUCCUUUUACGAUACAUAUAAUUUGAGAUGGAAUGAAUCUGGUUGUUCUACACCUACGUUCAACACAGUGUUUAAUCGAUAUGAAUGUAGUUGUGAUCAUCUAACUUCGUUUGCUCUUCUUUGGUUACCACAAGGACAACUGACAACUUAUCUAAAUGCUUCUGAUAUUGCAUCACUUGUUUGUCUAUCUAUUUCAAUAGUUUGCUUUUUAGCCAUAAUUAUUCAUGCAAUAGCUCUACGAAUUCUAGAUCCAGUUAUGAGUUUUAAGUCCUAUGAAUUACUUCCAUUGCUAUCUUGUGCAAGUACAACAAUUCUUUUUAUCUUUUACAUAGCUCUGGGAAUGACGGUUUACACAAGAACAUCGUCUACAAAUGAAAGCCAAUGCUUUCUAAGUUCAAGUGUAUUGAUGUUUUUCGUUUAUUUCUUUUUAAUUUUUAUGUUUUGCACGAAGACUAGUGUUGGAUACUUUAAUUAUCUUCGUUUUAUAUGUUUAUUUCCACAGCCAUCUAUUCGAAAACUAUUGACUUUGCUAAUAUUAUCGUUUUUUAUUUCAAUUACAUGUGUUGCUUUUGCAAUUGGAUUUAAUUCCAGUUCAUCAUAUAACAUUACUCAAUUGUAUCCGUAUAAACUUUGUUGGUUUACUCGUGAUGUUAUUUAUUACUUUCUUACCAUACCUGUUGGUGCAUUUCUUUUAAUCAACACCAUCGUAUUUAUUCUUGUCGCUCUUCGUAUAAUAAAUCAUGCUCGGCAUGCAACAUCACCUCAUCAAUCGUAUGAGCGAAUGAAACGAUGUGUACUCAUUCUACUUUCGUCAUCUGCAACACAAGGCAUUGGCUGGCUGUUUGGUCCAUUUCUGACGUUUAUAAGUCCUGAAGCUGGCAAUAUUUUAGGAUGGUUUUUUAUUAUUUUCAAUGGACUAGAAGGUUUAUGGUCCAUCAUUUUAUAUAUAAUACUUCGAUCGAAACAUAUGGAUGACCAGAAACGUGUGACAGCUGCGAAACAACUCUCUAAAGAAAUAAGUUCAAAAUUAGAUAAGGAUAAAAAAUCAUCGAUCGAAGUCGAUCGAACUGAAAUUGACUUUGAAGCGGGAGAAUACGAACUUAAACAUCGAUCUAGACGAAUCGAAGCAGCAGAUUUAUUCGAUGAUUCUUCUGAUGUUAGAGACAUUAAUUGA